GGCAGCUGGAAUCUGGAGACGAGGUGGAGCGGCGAGGCGGGGCGGCUUGGGUUUGGCUUUCUUUCCUCGGGCCAGGCGACGCCUGGCCACCCAGCCUUUGUUUUGGGGGAGGGGGCCGCGCCGGGCUCUUUAUCUCCUGCCCUGCUUUGUGGGCCGAGCUCGCUCCCCGCCCCGGGGUGCACACGUCCCUCCCUCCCGCGGUGCCCUGCCUCGGGCUGCAGCUGCCAGCCGCAGGCCUGGGGAGGUCCCCCGCGUCCUUUCCUGUCUCCUCUGCAGAGCAGCUGGGGCGCGGGGCGAGCGGGGCUGGGCCGACGGGGUCACCGCGCGGGCUUCGGGGCUCGCGCCUGGUGGGUGCCCCGCUCCCCAAGCGCCUACUACUGGUUGGUGGGCCUGCAGGGAGACGCCUCGAUCUCAGGCAAGGUCCCGGCGCGUGAAGUCUUUCGGAACUUGAUCCUUUUUUUUUUUUUUUUUUUGCCUUUGCGUCCGUGCUUGGCGAGGGCGUUUGCUGGGCCCUCCUUUUGAGCGUGCAAACCACAACAUCCUAUGCUGAUUUCCGUGUCACAUAUUCUUAAUGCUCAGGAAACGCUUCCGGAUGUACAACCAAGAUUUGAGAUUUAGCACUCAGGCCUUUGAGUCAGGAGAUACGAAGACUUCCAAAAAAAGACCAGUUCCUCGGAUGAGCCCCCUCACAGAGAGAUGAAGGGGCAGCAGAAGACAGCUGAAGCCGAAGAGGGAACAGUGCAGAUCCAGGAAGGUGCAGUGGCUACUGGAGAGGACCCAACUAGUGUAGCCAUCGCCAGCAUCCAGUCAGCUGCUACUUUCCCCGACCCCAACGUCAAGUACGUCUUCCGAACUGAGAAUGGGGGCCAGGUGAUGUACAGGGUGAUCCAGGUGUCUGAGGGGCAGCUGGAUGGCCAGACAGAGGGCACUGGCGCCAUCAGUGGCUACCCGGCCACUCAGUCUAUGACCCAGGCAGUGAUCCAGGGUGCUUUCACCAGUGACGAUGCAGUUGACGCAGAGGGGACAGCGGCCGAAACACAUUAUACUUACUUUCCCAGCACCGCAGUGGGAGAUGGGUCAGGGGGUACCACAUCUGGAAGCACAACUGCUGUUGUUACCACCCAGGGCUCAGAGGCUCUGCUGGGGCAGGCCACCCCUCCCAGUACCGGUCAGUUCUUUGUGAUGAUGUCACCACAAGAAGUAUUGCAGGGAGGGAGCCAGCGUUCCAUUGCCCCCAGGACCCACCCUUAUUCCCCUCUGGUUUUGUUUGUUUGUCUUUUCCUUGGUCUGAUCACCCUGGACUCUACUGUCAGGAAGUCAGAGGCUCCCAGGACAACUCGAGAUGAGAAACGCCGGGCUCAACAUAAUGAAGUGGAGCGGCGCCGACGGGACAAGAUCAACAACUGGAUUGUGCAGCUGUCCAAAAUCAUCCCAGACUGCUCCAUGGAGAGCACCAAGUCUGGCCAGAGUAAAGGUGGAAUCCUAUCCAAAGCCUGUGAUUAUAUCCAGGAGCUGCGGCAGAGCAACCACCGGUUGUCUGAAGAACUGCAGGGGUUGGAUCAGCUGCAGCUAGACAAUGAUGUGCUUCGACAACAGGUGGAAGAUCUUAAAAACAAGAACCUGCUACUACGAGCUCAGUUGCGGCACCAUGGCUUAGAGGUCGUCAUCAAGAAUGACAGCAACUAACUAUGGGGAUUCGGGGGGCUUUGGGCCCUAGAACUGCAGAUAGCCUGGGAGCAACAGGCUAAUCCCAUGCCCCUUUCCUUCACUGCCCACGUCUGGCAUGGGACCGGGGCAGUUUGGCAAGCGUGACUUUGAACUGAGGCCCUGUGGUGUGUCGGUCUGCAGUGAGUGGUGUGAAACACAAAGUGGACGUGUACUGACCGCCUUGCCCGCCCGCCCGCUCCCACCGUGUAGUCCCCGGGUCCUUGUGCUCCUUUUGCACACUGCAUGUGCUGUAUCCGUGGACACUGGACACACCGAACCUGGGCUUGCCGUGUGCUUGCUUAGAGUGCCCAGCGGAGGGUCUGUGCACACUCUCUGGGUCCAGCACUUCCACUGGCUCUUCCUUUCCUGGAGCAGAAGUUAAGAUGCGCACCUGAUUACUCUGGGGAGCAGGCUUAUUCAGGAAGUGGGGAAGGAGGCAAGGUGGCUGCUCUCCCAUGAAUAGUAGAGGGGCCAGUGAGCAGCUGGGCCUCUGCAGAAGUCUCUGAAGCCAGGGAGGAAGAUAGGCAGGGGCUCACUGAGAGCCAGCCCCUUCUGGGGAUGGUUCUUUUUAUUUCUUUUCUUUUUCUUUUCUUCUUUUUUUUUUUUUUUAAAGAUAAAAUUGUUUAGAGCCACA